AUGCUGUUCUGGCACACGCAGCCCGAGCACUACAACCAGCACUCCACCGGCAGCUACCUGCGUGAUGUCCUUGCACUGCCGAUCUUCAAACAGGAGGAGCCCCAGCUGUCUCCUGAGAAUGACACCAAACUGCCUCCGUUUCAGUAUGUUCUCUGCACAGCCACAUCCCCUGCUGUAAAGCUGCAUGAAGAAACCCUUACCUAUCUCAACCAAGGUCAGUCUUAUGAAAUCCGUCUACUUGAGAAUAGGAAAUUGGGAGAGUUUCAAGAUUUAAACACAAAAUAUGUAAAGAGCAUCCUUCGGGUGGUUUUCCAUGAUCGGCGUCUGCAAUACACAGAACACCAGCAGCUGGAGGGCUGGAGAUGGAGCCGGCCUGGGGACCGCAUCCUUGAUAUAGAUAUCCCACUGUCAGUCGGUAUCUUAGAUCCCAGGGCCAGCCCGACCCAGCUAAACACUGUUGAAUUUCUGUGGGAUCCGUCCAAAAGAGCAUCUGCAUUCAUUCAGGUACAUUGUAUCAGCACAGAAUUUACGCCAAGGAAACAUGGUGGAGAGAAAGGGGUGCCCUUCAGGAUACAAAUCGACACAUUUAAACAGAAUGAGAAUGGCGAAUAUACCGAACACUUGCAUUCUGCAAGCUGCCAGAUCAAAGUGUUCAAGCCUAAGGGAGCUGACAGAAAGCAGAAAACUGACAGAGAGAAAAUGGAGAAGAAGACUGCCCAAGAGAAGGAGAAAUACCAGCCCUCCUAUGAUACGACCAUUCUCACAGAGUGUUCUCCAUGGCCAGAUUUGCCUUAUCAAGUGAACAACGCUCCAUCUCCAAGUUACAACAGUUCUCCAAACAGCUUCAGCCUUGGAGAUGGCAACAGUUCUCCAACCCACCAAGUGGAGCUCCUGCCUCCCAGCAACGAUCACCUCCUUCCCUCUGCUUCUAUUCAAGAUGUCCAGCAGUGGCUUCAUCGUAAUAGGUUUUCUCCAUUCUGUAGACUCUUCUCAAGUUUCUCGGGUGCUGACUUACUGAAGAUGUCCAAAGAAGAUUUUGUUCAGAUCUGUGGGCCUGCUGAUGGAAUUCGGCUCUUUAAUGCAAUCAAAGGAAGAAACGUAAGGCCUAAAAUGACAAUUUAUGUCUGUCAAGAACCAGAGCAGAACAGGUCUCAUCUGCACCAAAAACGAGAGAAUGGAGAUGGUAAUCUGUGUGUAUAUCAUGCAGUCUUCUUGGAAGAGCUGACAACCCUGGAAUUAAUUGAGAAGAUUGCAAACUUGUAUAGCAUUUCCCCACAGCAGAUAAAUCGGAUCUAUCGGCAAGGACCUACAGGGAUCCAUGUAUUAGUGAGCAAUGAGAUGGUGCAAAACUUCCAGGAUGAGUCUUGUUUUGUUAUCAGCACAUUAAAAGCUGAAAGCAACGAUGGCUACCACAUCAUUUUAAAAUGA